AACAGUUCACGUUGCACAUCUCACCACGCUCGCUCAUGUUGAACCCCUGCCUUCCUUUCCUGCCAUAAAACACAAAAUAAUACUUGAAGCCCUCACAACUAACAUGCGCCGCCGUGCCUGGCGCACAAUAGAAAUGAGCCAACCACAUCAUACUUUUAUUAAUUCGCUUCCGCAGAAACCCGGCGCUCAAGUUGACCACCACUCUUUAAAUUAAAUGUUCCCAAAAUCCUAACAAUUAAAUAAAUAAACCCAAUUUCUGCACACCCACCAUAUGUGCAAAUCCAAAAUGUCAGUCGACGCCACCCAGCCCGUCUCCACUCCUCGGCGCACCCCGCAAUUGGCUCAACCCACCGCCUCUUCCUUCGAGCCCUCAACCUCCAACACCCUAAGCGGCCGCUACACCUCCACCUCAAGCUACAAGCUCUCCUCCCAGUCCCAACCCUCCACCUCUUCCUCGUCAACCUCUCUCUCCAUCCUCAAAGACUCCCUCCCCGUCCCCGAAAACCCGAUCCUCUACGACUACUCCGAGCUCUGCGCCGCCACCAACAACUUCCUCUCCAAGCGCUUCAACCCCACCCCCUCCUCCUCCUCCUCCACUCCCUCCUGGCGCUGCACCCUCCGCGGCAAGGACGCCGUCAUUUUCCAACGCAAAUUCCGCGUUAAGCUCUCCACCCCGGAGCUCAGGCAACGGCUCUCCACUCUCUGCCGCAGCCACCACACCUCCAUCACCAAGCUCCUCGGCGCCUGCGUCUCCAGCGACUACGCGUUCUUAGUCUACGAGUUCGUCAGCGGCGCCAGCCUGGCAGCCUGCCUCCGGAACCCCAACAACCCGAAUUACACGAUCCUGUCCACGUGGGCCUCCAGGAUGCAGAUCGCCACUGAUCUCGCACAGGGGCUGGACUACAUCCACAACAGCACGGGCCUCAACGUCAAUCUAGUCCACAACCACAUCAAAAGCGGCAGCGUUUUGGUCACCGAGCCCCAUUUCAACGCCCGCCUCUGCCAUUUCGGGGCGGCCCAGCUUUGCGGCGAGACCGAUUCGUACACCCAUCUCGACCCGAAUCCAAAAUCCCGAUCCGAAAUCGAGGCCGUCGAAGGCCCCGACCCGAAAUCGAACCGUACCAGCAGCCGGAAGAACCAGUUCGAAGGGGUGAGAGGGUACAUGUCGCCGGAGUUUCAGGCCUCCGGCGUCGCGACGCAGAAGUCUGACGUGUACGCGUUCGGCGUGGUGCUCUUGGAGCUCCUGUCGGGGCAAGAGCCUUUCAAGUACAGGUUUGAUAAAACAAUGGGUGAUUUUAUCAGAACCUCGGUGGUCGACUCGGCCCAGGCUGCGAUUCGGCAUGGUGGUCUGAGGACCUGGGUGGAUAGCAGGCUCAAGGACUCGUUCCCCGUAGAAGUGGCUGAGAAGUUGACACGUUUGGCUCUGGAGUGCGUACACGUGGACCCGGAUCAACGGCCCAGCAUGGGACGCGUGUCGGGGAAAAUCUCCAAGCUAUAUUUGGAGGCGAAGUUUUGGUCCGACAACAUGAGAGCUCCUACCGGUAUUUCGGUCUCGCUCGCCCCGAGAUGAUCCUUGUCAUUUUGAUCAUUCAACAAUUUUUAAUUUUGUAAUUAGAGAUAGAAUUUGAGAACGACAUAACUGGUUUUUUAUUAUUUUUAUAAUAACAUAAGUGGUUAUUUGGAACAAAUUAAACAACGAAGUUAUAAUGACAGCAGUUGGAAUUUUUCUGCUCUCACAUA